AUGCCUCCGGAGACGAGCCUGUCUGUGUCCGAUGUUAGCCUGGAGCGGCCAGACCUUUCGGAGGUACCAUGGGAGACGAGGCUCGCUCUGGCUGAACGACCUUGUCCGCUGGUGGUGAACCCUCAACAGAGGGCCCUUAUUGAGCCAGCUAUGAAAAAUUUGGACAAGUAUAUGGAAGAAAUCAGAGAGUAUUGGAAGAAGAUCGAUGAGCUAAAUGCAACCCUUCCUGAGAAGGAUCAGUUCUUCACUGUUUCUAUUCAACCACGAUGUCCAGAACCAGCUUCCUUUUUCACGUACUACAGACUCUAUGCAUUGGACGACACCAAUCCAACCCCCCUUACAAGCAAACGAUUCACAGAGCCAAGAAAAGACUACCCGGUAUUGACUAUGCUCCAAAUAUUCUCAUUCAGAUAUGUUGGCGACUUCCUGGGUGAUCAGAGCAUGCUAGUAUAUGGAUUCAUUGCUAUCCGGGAUGAGUUGGAUUGUCUGCGAAAUUACAUCUUCAACUGUCCUAGAGAGCAGGCGCACGAGAUAACACCGGAUUCCCGGAGGUUGCCGCUCAUAUCUCCUGUUCGUGGGAACUCUAUUCUCGAUGGUGUUCUUCUUGAGUACAGCCUGAAGGUCAAGUCUAAUGGCAGUGACAACGCUGAGAUGGAUUAUGUAUUAGCUGAUGGUUGCAUUGAAUAUACAGAUCACAUGAUUCUGCGUGGCACUACACUGAAGUCGAGGCUUUUUGGCAAGAUUGGCCCAGUGGACUUCCAUUAUGCUUUCCUUAGGCAGGGCAUCGAAGCAACAGUUGACAUUGAGAUUCCAAUGGCUAGUCCAGCUUGGGGCCUGAAGGCAGUGACUGCAUUUACAAGUGGACUUUCAGAUGCAAUUGUGCUGUAUGAUGGGUCUACUGAUUCUUCUCCUGCACAAUCAGUGCUCCCUAUAUCAUCAGUUGUUACUGUCCAACUGGGUCAUGAGCUAAAGCUUAAAUUUGACAUCACCUCUAUGGAUACUGUGCGCAAGGGGUGUGUGAGGAGGUUUGUGCCCGGGAAUGCAGCGUCGGCGCAAUACCAAAGGCCUGAUGUUGUGAUGGAUGAAGAGCCGGAACCAAAGACAUAUUCCUGUUUCCUCACUUUCAUUUCACAGAAAUGUUCAUUUGCCAGUAGUAAAGUAUCGAUCUGUGACGAGUUCAAAGCUGAGGUUACAGUGACCUGGUCCACCAUGGGGCCGUAUUGAUCGGUGUUGUGUGACUGCGGUGAAAACUCCAGCGCGAAUCAAUGAAUGGAUGAUGUGUGGAGUGGAAACGGCAGAUAUCCUUGUUCCAGAUCAAGUUGUAGCAUUGUUCUUCUUCUUGUUAGUCAUCACUUGGUAGAUGGAUCAUACUUUAAUUCAAUGUACCGUGCGCCAUUUGGAGUACUCUGAUGUGAUCCAGCUUUACCUUUGUGUAUAUAUUUUGUUCUGGUGACUCUUGAUUUGUUA